GAUUCCACGUAGUAGUGAGGAAGCGGUAGCGAGAGGCGGUUCAUGCACACGCACCCGUCAUACAGACCCCGAACACGGACGCAGUGGCGAGCUGCGUGUAGAUCUUUAUCUUCAAGGGUAGUCGGAAUAUAGAAAGGUCGAAAACUAUGUCAUUCAUCCAAAAAUUAUCCGCCGUUCUACAUUCUCAUAUAACCGCAAGAAGCCCGCUGGGGGAGUUCAUAUGUUUCUCCGCGUCUUCCUCUUCAUCGUCGAAGCGGCAAUGUGUAGGACCCGUCGAAGGGCAGCGCGUUGGAGGCUCUCUGUAGAUUUACAGUCCUUGUGAGUAGAUAUAGCUGUAUGAACAGUGGACGUAGCAGAGGGUGAAAACGGUGCGCGACACAGAGCCAGACAGUGCCACAGACACGCUUCGUAGAGCACUGAAGCGGGGGUCUUUUAUGUUUACCCACGAGCUGUUUUUCUCUCUGUUCUCUGUCUGUCUUUCGUUUAACGCCGAAAUACCGAGUGACCGGCGCUAAGCACGUUAUACAAGCAUGCAGGUGAAAAAGCAGAGAUGUUCGGAUGGGCGCACCGGAGACGGCCAGCGAGAUGACAGCCAGAAAAAGUCUUCAUGCUUCUCAAAUAUUAAGAUAUUCUUAGUAUCGGAAUGUGCCCUGAUGUUGGCCCAGGGGACGGUCGGAGCCUACCUGGUGAGCGUCCUGACCACGCUGGAGCGGCGCUUCAACCUGCAGAGCGCGGACGUGGGCGUGAUCGCCAGCAGCUUCGAGAUCGGGAACCUGGCGCUCAUCCUGUUCGUCAGCUACUUCGGGGCCAAGGCCCACCGGCCGCGCCUGAUUGGCUGUGGCGGGAUCGUCAUGGCGCUGGGGGCGCUGCUCUCCGCCCUCCCGGAGUUCCUGGCGCACCAGUACGAGUUCGAGGCCGGCGAGACGUGGCGGGCGGAGGAGGGGAGGGACGUGUGCUCCAACAGCUCGCGGACGGACGGGCGAGACCCCGGCUUCCUGUGCGGGAACCGCGCCAACACCAACAUGAUGUACCUGCUGCUGAUAGGGGCCCAGGUGCUGCUGGGGAUCGGGGCCACGCCGGUCCAGCCGCUGGGGGUGUCCUACAUCGAUGACCAUGUGCGGAGGAAAGACUCUUCUCUCUACAUAGGUAUUCUGUUCUCCACGCUGGUGUUCGGACCUGCCUGUGGGUUCAUCCUGGGCUCUCUCUGCACAAAAUUCUACGUGGAUGCGGCCUUCAUCGACACCAGGAUAGGUAAGCUGGACCUGACCCCGGACGACCCCCGCUGGAUCGGAGCCUGGUGGGGCGGCUUCCUCCUGUGCGGGGCUCUGCUCUUCUUCUCGGCCCUCUUCAUGUUCGGCUUCCCGCAGUCGCUGUCCGGCCUGGACGAGGAGGACGGCGGGGCGGAGAGCGAGCAGGCCAUGCUGCCCCCCGAGCCCCUGGACCAGGACUACGAGGGCUCCAAGCCCAGCAACGGCGUCCUGCGUCACCACCAGCCCGACGACGGGCCCACCUGCUGCCAGCAGCUCCGAGUGAUCCCCAAAGUGACCAAACACCUUCUCUCCAACCCGGUGUUCACCUGUAUUAUCCUGGCGGCCUGCAUGGAGAUCGCUGUCGUCGCUGGCUUUGCUGCUUUCCUGGGGAAGUACUUGGAGCAGCAGUUCAACCUCACCACCUCCUCAGCCAAUCAGCUACUGGGCAUGACGGCCAUCCCGUGCGCUUGCCUGGGGAUCUUCCUCGGGGGGCUGCUGGUAAAGAAGCUCAAUCUUUCGGCCCUGGGGGCCGUGCGCAUGGCCAUGUUGGUCAACCUGGUCUCCACGGCCUGCUACGUCUCAUUCCUGUUUCUGGGCUGUGACACGGGGCCUGUUGCCGGGGUGACCGUCGCCUACAGCAACGAGACCCUGAAUGUGGGGCAGAAGCCCAUGGCUGCGUGCAUGAACCACUGUAACUGCUACACCGCGUCCGUCAGUCCCGUCUGCGGCUCGGACGGAGUCACCUACCUGUCAGCCUGCUUCGCCGGCUGCACCCGCGCCAAUCUGACGGGGUGCGCCUGCAUCUCGGGGGACCCGGAGGAGGCCAAGGCUAUGCCGGGGAAGUGCCCCAGCCCUGGCUGCCAGGAGGCCUUCCUCAUCUUCCUCUGCGUCAUCUGCGCCUGCAGCAUGAUCGGAGCCAUGGCCCAGACGCCUUCUGUUAUCAUCCUCAUCAGGACUGUGACUCCAGAGCUGAAAUCGUACGCGCUUGGAGUUCUGUUUCUUCUGCUGCGACUGCUGGGUUUCAUCCCCCCUCCCCUGAUCUUCGGUGCGGGGAUCGACUCAACGUGCCUGUUCUGGAGCACGGUGUGCGGGGAGAAGGGGGCCUGCAUGCUGUACGACAACGUGGCCUACAGGCACCUGUACGUCAGCAUCGCCAUCGUCCUGAAGGCCGUGGCCUUCCUGCUCUACGCCACCACCUGGCAGUGCUUGCGCAAGAACUACAAGAAGUACAUCAAGAACCACGAGGGAUACCUGACCCCCACCGAACUCUUCGCCUCCAACCUCACGCUGGACAACGUGGGGAAGGAGCUCGGCCAGAACCCGGCAAACAGGACAAAGUUUAUAUACAGCCUGGAGGAUCACGAGUGGUGUGAGAACAUGGAGUCUGUUUUAUAGUGGAAACACCCAACGGGAGGACUACCUGCUGUAUGCACGCACACGCACGCGCGCACACACACACAUGCACACACUCACACACACGCGCAUACAUAUAUAGUGAGUGUGAGUGCGUUAUAAAAAUUCUCUUGAAGGAUCUUCAUGUUUCUUUAUUCUUUUUUUUAAAAGGAUAGAACAUUUUGAUGUCCUUUUGAGGCCCUGGAAGACUGUUAAAUAUGUCUUGAUCCAAAUCCAAGGAGAUUUAAUUGGGGUCCACUUUUUGUUUUUUGUUUUGUUCGUUUGUUUGUUUUUAAAUCGGAUACUGUAUCUGCAAGGUUGAUGGGCAGGGUUAGUGGUUUCUGCUGCGGUUGACACUGGUCAGCAGCUAUUAGUUGCCUCCCAAUCCAGUAUGCGAUUGGUUCUGUUGAAUCACGUGGGUUUGAAUCAGCUGUUGAUUCCUUACCUCUUAUUUAAACAGUUGCUUUGUUAUUUAAACUGUUGUCUGAAACCGUUAAAGCUGCCAUUUUAUUUUCAUGUGUGCAUAUGAAUGGCUUUUUUAUGUACAGUACUAGAUUAUGGAUUCAGACAGAAUAUCAGCCUUUUUCUGAGAACCAUUAUAUCAGCAGAUAUUGCACAGGAAGUGUCUUGGGAAGUUGGUUAUUUCUCCUGUUUUUGAAUGUACUGUCAGCAUCAUAUUUUUUCAAUCAUUUCAACUGUUAUAAUGUCAGAACCAUUUCUAAAAUGUUUAAAGAGAUAGUACAGUGCAGUCCGUACACAGUUGUUUUUUGGCUCUGUACUCCAUCACAUUGGAUCUGAAAAUAAUUAAUAUAAAGAGUUAAUAUGAUGUUAAAGUGCAGGGUUAUUAUAUCCAUAUUGGGUGGUUGAUGUAGGAAUUAAAGUCCUUUCUUCACAUCGUUCCCACAUUUUGGGGGACCAAAUGUAAGUGUACAAGUAAACAUAGACUUAAAUAAAGUCAUAUUAUUUAGUACUUGGUUCUAAAUCCUUUGCAUUCAAGGACUACCUGGUGUCUAUGACCCAUAGACAUCGCCAGGCGCUGGCUAACUUCCCUGGUGAUGCUCUGCCAGGCCUGUACUGCAGCCCUCUUCAGUUCCUUUUUGUUACAGAGCGCUUUGUCCUCAGCACGUGAAAUGCAUGUGAAAUUGGAUUCAGGUCAGGUGGUUGACUUGGCCAGUCCAUUCCACUUUUGGGCCCUGAAAAGUCAUUGGUUGCCUUAGCAGUGUUUGGAGUCUGCUGAAAAGGGCCAAUGAGUUUGGAUGCAUUUGGUGGAUUUGAGCAGGUAUGUUUCUGUAUAGUUCAGAAUUAUUCCUGCUGCGGCUAUCAUCAUGUUGUCAUAUCAUCAGAAAAGACCAGUGAGCCCAUUCCUGUGGCAGGACUACCAUUACCAUGAUUCACAGAUUAGGGUUUAUAUCAUGACCGGUUCCUUUCUUUCUCCACACUGACCUCAUUCUAUAACUUUUGGUACAGGGUAAAAGUAAUCUCAUCUGCUUUUAAUGUACAUUUCUAUCAAACUCUAACCUGGUCCUUGAGGUUACCUGUGGUUUGCAUGUUGCAGUGAAGCCUCCGAGGUUAUGCUGGUGUCAUCUCCUCUUUAUGGUAGUAGAUACAUAUGUAGGUACCUACAUCCUGGAGAGCGUUCUUUAUUUCAUUGUGACAGUUGAAAAUGGUUUCUCUUCACAAUGGAAAAUAUUAUUUGGUCAUCCACUGAAGUAGUCUUCCAUGGUCUAACAGGUUGUUUGCUAUUGCUGAGCUCAACACUGCAUUCCUCGUGAGAAUGUACCAUACCAAACAGUUCAUUUUGAGACAUUUUUUUCAUCAUGGUCUGCUUUAAUGGCAUUGACACGUAUUUGAUCCUUAUGUUGAGAGACAACAGACUCCAAGUGCAAAUUCCACACCUAGAAUUAACUUUAGACUUUUUUUGAGCUUUCUAGUGCAUGAAGUAAGGAUGCAACAACACACAGCUGAAUCGGCUUAGCAGCCGAUUGUCCGAUUACUUUUGGUCCCCUAAAACAGGGGACUAUGUAUAAAUUCCAAGACAGAUAAUCCAAUGUGGAUGCCAAUUCCCUGAAAUUAAACCAAACAGUCUAAUCUUUAGACACUUUAAUUGCAUAUGUGCUGGGGUGCAGAGCCAAAACAACAGAAAAUUGUUGUCACUGUCGAAAUACUUAUGGACCGUACUGUAUAUCUUAUUUCUUCAUCAUGUGGACUUGGCUUUGGGCAUUUUAUAUAUUUUUAAAGACUUUUCGUUUUUUUUUUUUUUUAAGGGUGCAGUAAAGCUAUGAGAUAAAUUAUGUUAAUCUUCUUCACAUGCUUUAUUAAUCCCUUAAAUGUCUUAAUUGUUUUUGUUUUACUCAUGGAAAUAUGAUAUUUAUAUACUUUGCAAUUUAUUUCUACUUUGGCACCAGGAAGUGGAAAAGCAGACAUUGCUCAGAGCUGUUGCCGUUUACGUCAAUGAUAUGGUUGUUAGGGAAGUAAUCUGUCAGAAAAUUUUUUUUUUUUUCAGUAAUUCCUCAAGCAAAAUAAUGCAGAAUGAAAUGUAUAUAUAUUUUUUUAUUCAUCAGCUUAAAAAAAUGUUUUAAGAAAACAUUCUACUCUUGGAUAAUAAUGUAUGGCAGUAAUAUUAAAUAUACUAUAUGAUGCAUAAAUUGUAACGGACAUCACGUAGAAUACAGAACCAUAAAAUCCGCUAUAUUUCAUAGGAAAAAUGAGGGGCACUUUUCAGUGGUUGAGAAGACUAAAGUAUUGCUCUUAUACAAUGAAUAAAGACAGAUUUUAACUUACAAGUCUGCAGAAUCUGCAUGUCGGGAACCUAAAAAGAAACAAGCAGUGUUGUUUUACGGAGGUUAUUAUUUCACACAAGGUUCAUUCAUGAGUAUCAGAGUAAGGCUCGGUAAUGCGCUGUGUCUCAUCGAGAGAGGUGUGUCUUCAGUAAACUCUGUGUCCUUGUUCUCACACUUUUUGUAUCGCAAAAGACAGACAUUUAUACUACUCUGCAAAUAAAUUAUUUUUCAGAAAAUCCA